AUGCCUCUUCUCAGGAUAAUAAAACAACAGUCAGAGAUUCUUUGGGACCUGUUUGUAUCAGAACGGAAAGCUGGUCUGAAGAGUAUUGUGUGCCUGAUUUCACUUUGCCUUCUGAUGGGGCUGGGGGCCAGUGGCAUUCUCUAUAUAUCUUUACGAGCAUUAUACUGCAGCCUCAAAGUGAGUCUGACAGUGUGUGGAAUCUUUACUGCCAUCAUUCCUGGAGCUUUGUUUCUCUCAAAGCACCUCAGAUGUUUUAUACUAAUCAUCCUCAUCUCCUGUGGAACACAACAAGGACGGAACGCUCUGAUCACAGCUGGCACCGGUGUGGUGCUCUUCAACUGUGCCCAAAACAGCUUUCAUAACUUAAAAGGGUUGUCACAAUGCAUCAUCUGUUACUUGAAUCAUACCGUGUCGUCUAUCAACGAUCUUCUACAAAGAUAUAUUGACGUCAUUCGGUGGUUGCCCAACUUUCUAAGUCAGAAAAGUGAAGUGAUAAUUACUUCCACUGAUGUAAAAGAUAGAAUAGAUGAAGAGCUACAAGCCUACCUUGAUGAAACGAGACAUCAUUUGGAGAAUCUCAGCUGUAGCAUCAUAUCAACAUUUGACAGAGUCCUCAUGGUUUCCAAAAGUAUAAUGGUUGCAUUUGGUCUUUUGUUGGUUUUAAUAGCCAGUGGGCUGUAUAUUAGGAAGUAUGUGCGCAAUACAGAUUUUGAAAAUGUAUUUAUCACCAAGCAGUUUGUAGAGCUGGAUGAAAGGAGAAGUAAACAAGGGAAAGCUGCUCUACUUCCACUGACAAAAGAAGAGAGAAAACAUUUAAUUAAGAUCCCAUCUCUGAAAUUAAUGGAAAAGGAACGGAAAAACACUGUGAAAUUCUUUACUCCUAUUUUGGCAAACCUGCUUUUUUGGGGAAUGAAUAUAUUGAUUGAUUAUGGACUGUAUCUGCUCAUUUCUUCAAUAAGAAUACAUUUUGUGUCUCUGCCUACUAUGGACCUUAAUUUGUUCACAAACGCAAGAAUUUCCUAUAAAACACCAUUGUUUCCGAGUGAUUGCUUUCCUGAACCAACUUUUACAAUUAAUGACAUGUGGAUCCCACUCACUACAAUAACUUCAGCCCUUGUGUUACUCACUUUGCUUUCUGCCAAAAUUGCAACAUUGAAAAUAUUGAUCUUGUCAUCAUUUUACCCAGAAGCUCAAAGGGAUCGUGCAUAUUUUUUGCAUGAAGCGAUAAUCAAGAAAAGAUCUUCAGAAAGAUUAAAAUUCAAGACCAAGAAGUCUUUGAAUGGAGUGGUUAACUCGCCUAGUAGUUUGUCCGAUCGAAUCGCCUCUGGAAUGCAGUCCCUUACACUUGGCUUUAAAUAA